UUCAUGUAAGCAGGGAUCAAGAUAACACCAUGUCUGGCUCUGAAGACUUAUGUCGCCACAUGAAAGUAGUAGUCCGUGUGCGUCCUGAGAACACAAAAGAAAAGGCAGAUGCCUUCCGGAAGGUGGUUCAUGUUGUGGAUAAACAUAUACUUGUUUUUGAUCCAAAACAAGAAGAAGUCAGUUUUUUUCACAGACCAAAACCUACAAAUUUUGAUAUUACUAAAAGACAAAAUAAAGAUCUUAAGUUUGUAUUUGAUGCUGUUUUUGAUGAAACGUCAACUCAAAUGGAAGUUUUUGAACACACAACCAAGCCAAUUCUUCAUAGUUUUCUGAAUGGAUACAAUUGCACAGUACUUGCAUAUGGUGCCACUGGAGCUGGGAAGACUCACACAAUGCUAGGAUCAGCUGCUGAACCCGGGGUAAUGUACCUAACAAUGUUAGACCUUUUCAAAUCCAUGGAUGAGAUUAAAGAAGAGAAAGAGUGCAGUACUGCAGUUUCUUAUCUGGAGGUGUAUAAUGAACAGAUUCGUGACCUCUUGACAAAUUCAGGUCCACUUGCUGUCCGGGAAGACUCCCAAAAAGGAGUGGUUGUUCAGGGACUCACCUUAUACCAGCCUAAAUCCUCAGAGGAAAUACUACAGCUACUAGACAAUGGAAACAAAAACAGGACACAGCAUCCCACUGACGUGAAUGCUGCAUCUUCUCGUUCUCAUGCUGUUUUCCAGAUCUAUUUAAGACAACAAGACAAAACGGCAAACAUCAAUCAAAAUGUCCGAAUAGCCAAAAUGUCACUCAUUGACCUUGCAGGAUCUGAGCGGGCCAGUACUUCUGGUACUAAAGGAACACGAUUUGUAGAAGGCACAAAUAUUAAUAAAUCCCUUUUAGCACUUGGCAAUGUCAUCAAUGCCUUAGCAGAUACAAAGAGACGGAAUCAGCAUAUUCCUUACAGGAAUAGUAAGCUUACUCGCUUGUUGAAGGAUUCUCUUGGAGGAAACUGUCAGACUAUAAUGAUAGCUGCAGUUAGUCCUUCCUCUUUAUUCUACGAUGACACUUACAACACUCUUAAGUAUGCUAAUCGUGCAAAAGACAUCAAAUCUUCUCUGUUGAAGAGCAAUGUUCUGAAUCUCAACAGUCACAUAUCUCAAUAUGUAAAGAUCUGUAAUGUGCAGAAAGCAGAGAUUUUAAUGUUGAAAGAAAAACUAAAAGCUUAUGAAGAACAGAAAACCUUGAGUGACAAAAAUGACUGUGCAAAAUUAGAACAUUCAAACAUUCACGACAAAGAAAUUGAAAGAUUUCAAGAAAUUCUGAACUCCUUGUUCCAGAAUCGAGAAGGAAUCAGGCAAGAAUAUCUGAAGUUAGAAAUGUUACUUAAAGAAAAUGAACUAAAGUCAUUCUAUCACCAGCAGUGCCACAGGCAAAUAGAGAUGAUGUGUUCUGAAGACAAAGUAGAAAAGGCCACUUGCAAGCGAGAUCACAGACUUGAAAAGUUGAAAACUGUUCGCUGUGUCCUGGAGAAAAAGAAGGAAGAGAUGAUGAAACAGUUUGAGGAAAAUACUAAUUGGCUACAUCGAGUGGAAAGUGAAAUGGGACUCUUAGGUCAAAAUGGUGAUAUUCCAGAGGAACUCAAUAAAGAUCUUCAUUGUCACCAUUUACAUCUCCUGAACAAAGACCUGAAAACACAAAUUGGAUACAUGACGGCUCUAGCUUGCCUCCAAGAGCAGCAGAACAGGCAAACGGAAGCAGUAUUAAAUGCUUUAAUUCCAGCUCUAAGAAAACAGUAUUGGAGGUUGAAAGAAACUGGCCUGUCAAACGCUGCUUUUGAUUCUGACUUCAAAGAUAUUGAACAUUUGGUAGAAAGGAAAAAGGUGGUGGCUUGGGCCGACCAAGCUACCGAACAUUCAAGCCAAAAUGAUCUCCCAGGAAUUUCUCUUCUUAUGACCUUCCCACCGCUUGCACCAAUUCAGUCUAUUCCUUGUUGCACAUCCUCGAGUGAACCUAACUUGCUUAAAAUUACUCCACAUAAAAGAACCAGAAGAAAAUUAAUUCCUUGUUCCUUGAAAGUAAAACAUACUCAGAAGUCUGUCCUGUCUGAAGGUGUACAGCUCAAUGAUUCUUUCAGCAAAGAACUUCAGCCUAUUGUUUAUACCCCAGAGGACUACAGAAGACCUCUUCAAGACCUGUCUCCAGCCUUAACACGACCUUUGCCACAUACUGCAAAUGUAACCAAUGAUAAUUCCAUGAAAGCACUAUUUAAAGUAGAAUCUCCUCUCAGCAGUAGAACAGAGUGUGAACAGGGUUUGGACUCUACAUUUACUCUAUGUGAUGACACUAGGAAGUUGAAGAGUAAACUACCUGAACAAGAAUCACUACCAAGCAGCAAAAGCAGUUUAAACAGGGUUGAGUCUUCUUCAUUUUCAACUAUGGAUUCUAAGACUGUAUCAACAAGUGUGCCGUCCUAUAUGGCACUGACCACUGCUGCAAAGAGGAAGUGGAAAUUAAUAAGCUCUACAUCAAAUGCUUCAUUAAAAUCCAACGAAAAUCAUGGAUGUGCCAAACGCAUUCGAAAAGAUAAUUCAAGAGAUAAGCUCUUGCAACAAAACAGACCGACAGUAGGCUAUAAAAGAAACAGCAACAAAGGAAAUUCAAAUGUGCUUAGAAAAUUUAGAAGAAACACUUCAAAAGAAAAUGUACAAUAAGAACUGUCAAUGUCCUUAGCCUGGUAUUUGUCCCUUCAGAAAUGUGUUUCAAGUCUGUGAAAGAAGGCUAUCUAAAACUGUUCACUCAAAUAUUUUCAGCAAGCAAAAUGAAACUUCUUUUGUAUUUAGAAUAAAUAUAAAAUUACAACAGGUUAUCUGUCCCAUUUCUCCAUUAUUUGUUACUCUUGAAAAAUAUCUCUAAGUCAACAUGAUGUCAGUUUAAUUUUAUUUUAUCACAACUUGAUUAAGACAUUGUAGAAAAAUAGCAAAUUAUUAUAUUGCCCUUAUUAUUUUCAAAAAUACAGAGACUUUAGAAGUCAUAAAAUUAGGACCAAGAUGUAUUUGAUCUUCUGUUGUGUGUCAAUAUGUUGUUUUAUUCAUACUUGUGAUUUUAGUUUCUAAAACUUUGGUGUACAAAUGUAGAUAUAUGUGGCCAUAACAUUGGAAAUGUUGUUUAAAUACCUGCCUUAAAUAAAAUACUAAUAUUUU